AUGUUUUGUAAACCAAAGGAAGACCUAAACUCCAGAAUUAUAGAAAGACUUGACCUAAAGAAACACACAAGACCAAAUUAUUUUAAUUCACUGUGGAAGAUCUUUAGUGCUACUCCAAUAGUCAAUGAUCGAGUUACAAAUAAUGCAUCAAAGACUUCCGCUGGUUAUGAAGAGUCUAAUGAGACAACCUCAGAUAAUGGUUCAGUAUUUUGUGAUGCUUUCAAAACCAUUCGUUUCCAUUCUAUUGAAGAGAUUAAAGAUAAGGAUCUUGCUCGGAAUAUGUAUGAACUAGAAUUAUUUUUUGAAUACUCAUUAAACAAAAUGGAUGAAAGACACGCAGCUGAUGCUUUACGCAGAUUAUUGGAUACAUUUACCAUCCUCCAAUUUAAAAAUUCAAGAUCUCAUUUUGGUAACUCACGGCAAGAUUUUGAUAUCUUGAGGUAUGAAGCUUUGAAAGAUUUCAUCGUAAAACCCAUUCUUUACUUCAUUGGACAUCUACUUUUAGUUCAUGGUAAAAAUGCUAUUAGCUCUGAACCUACAUACAUGAUUGAGAAAACACGUCCAAGUUUAAUUUGGGAUUCUUUAGAUGCUUCUGGUGAACCGUAUCCCAAAACUCUCAGAGAUGAGGAAAUGUUCCAUUCACACGUUCCAGAUUGUUUAAUUACACUAUUUCAGGCAAAUGCUUCAAACUCGCCGGUUCUUGGAAUACAUUUAGAAGAAAGUGAGCUUUCUGAAGUGCUUAAAUCAGGUAAGACUGAUAAUUUCUCCAAGUUAUCAAAAGUUCUUCGUCGCAUUGUUCCAUUUCAAGUCUUUAACAAGUUGAACAGUUAUAUAAUCAGUGAUGUUAAUUCAAGCAUAUAUUUCGAAUACCCACUAGAUGAUGGUGAAUGGUGGUCUGACAACGAAGAAGAAGUCUAUAUUACUGGUGCACCAGUGAGAUUUAAGUUAUUUAAUAAUACCGGGAAAGAUCUAGUAGAGUCGUUUUCAUUGCAGCUUUUAUUAUUAUUGAAGAUUUAUGACAAAAUUAAAAGAAAGCUGCCCUCAAAUUUAUGGUUGGAGAGUCUGAAUGGUAAUGUAUUAGAAAUGGGAACAUACAGAUCACUAGAUGAAGGUUGGAAGGAAGAUUCUUUCAAGCCAUUUAUUAUAUCACAAUUCAGACAUGGGUUUAAAAAGAAUGUUGCAGUGGAUAAAAUGGAUCAGAUUCCAGAGGAAGAAACAAGAUGUUCAUUGGGAUAUGCAGCAAAUGAUACUGGGAAUUCGAUAAAAAGGCUAAAAGUCGGAAAGAAAUUAUCCAAUGGCACCUUGACUUAUGAAGAUGAAGUGGCCCCUUUGUAUCUAACUAAAAUGUUCACUAUCAGUAGCAGUUUGAAGGUUUCUAAUUAUCAAUUACUAAGUGCGUAUUCAAACAGUAUAAGUGCAAAACUUCUUGUUAAAGGCUCAGAAAUAUUCAAAAGUAAUACAAACAUUUCGAAUAAAGUAUUUUUCAAAAUGUUUGAUUUGGCCAAUUUAAAAUAUCUACACAAGUAUAUAAAUACUUUUGGUAUGCCAUAUUUUGAGGAAGAAUUCAAAAAGUUUACUGAAUCAGAACUUAACACAUUGGUUUCACUAGAUCGCUGCAACUUCAAAGAUUUCAAACGUAUACUGGAAAAUUUAAAGAAAAGUUUUAUCAGAGAAGUAACAACUUUGAGAAGAAUAAACCAAUGGAAUUCAACACACGAAAUCAAUGAACGAAUUAAUUCGCCUAAAUUGCUACAAUAUGGAUGGACGUACCUUGAACUGUUAUCAGAAGGUCAAGUGAAAUAUUCUUAUUGGGGACCAUUUAUCUGUACAGAAUCGCUUCAAUUUAUAAGUGAUAAUGAAUUUAAGGAUAAUUCGAGACGAACAAAGAACUUAAACAAACAAAUCAAAAUUCUUUCAAAAGCUGGGAUCAAACAUAACGAUACUAAAAGGGAUAAUGUAUGCUUUGACAAUUUUGAUCAAGCUUAUUUAGUUGAUUUUGGUCAAAGUAUUGUUGAUGAUGAUCGAUAUCUUGAGAAUUAUGACCUACAACAUAUUGGCCCAGAUGAGAAAUGUCCCUAG